UGUUAAGUUUACAACGACUGUGUUUCUUGGCUUCUCUUUCUCAGAUUAUCCCCCUCGACCUGCAACAUGUUGUCUUAUACUGUUAUUCUGGCUACCCUCUUUGCCUCCAGCAUGGCUCAGUUCCCUCCAUGUGGAGGACUUGGAUCCUUCUGCAAGUCGACCUUCCGUUACGGACAUACUCCCAACAUGAUCUGCGCUUGUCCUAGUGACAGCGUCUGCCAGGAUCAAAUCACGGUUGGAGACAGCUUCUAUGCGUUCUGUAUUCCUCAAACAAACUUACCCUCCAGCGAGAGCAAUGGUAACUCGGUCAGCAGUUAAGAUAAAGGAGUGGUGUCAUGGUGAUAGAGUUUUGAUUAGGGAGGAAUAUCAGCGGAGGUCCUGUGAAAUAGUAAGAUGUUCAGUGAUCAUUAACAUAUCAUGGCAAGGGUUUCUUCCUCAUUGGGUUUUCCCCUAUGCUGUUAUGUAAAUAUGAGGAUAAAGCUAAAGUCCUUGAUCUUCACUGUGGACCAUGACUCUCUUCUAUUGACC